GGUGACGGCGACGGUGACGGAGGUGGCGACGGAGGAGGCGGAGGAGGGCGAAUUCGCGCGUGUGUGUGUGUGCAGCUGACGCGAAAACCGGUGCGCCGUGUGCAGCAUCUCCUCCGAGGAGUGUGACGACCAGGUCGGCGGUCCCCAUAUCGCGAGCCAGCUUUCUUCCCGUCGUCGCGCGCGCGGGGUGGAACUCGGGGAGGAACUUGACGAGGACGGCCGUUUGAAGAACAGGUGGAGAUUCGCUUUCCGCGUUGUUUCGCUCAUCUCCGCCACUAUGCCGUACUGCAUUCUGCUCCUCUCGAUCGCCGUUGCCACGCAGGCGAACGUCUUUCUGCCGUCGAUGAAGGAGGAGCACAUGUUGACCGACACUCUGCUGCGGGAGCUGAUCAUCGAUCAGCUCGGGAACGAAUUCGCGGACGCGCCGGAUCCGUAUUUUCUGGAAUACCCGGAGAAAGCGAAGGAAACGCUGCCGCUGGAGCUGCCGGCCGAUUACGACGACACGCUGAAUCCGAACCCGAGUAUACGAGAUCAGGAGUAUCUGCAGCACAGCACUCUCUGGAGCCAUCAGCGUAUCAAUAACAACAAUAACAAGGGAAACGACAGGCACAGGAUCCACGCGGCCGGCUUGAAAGGGAUCAAGGACGAGAAGACGGAGAAUCCGUUGCCGGCUUACUGCACACCGCCUAAUCCUUGCCCGGUCGGAUACACAAGUGAAAACAAUUGUCUCACCAAUUUCGAGAAUACAGCGGCGUUCAGUCGCGACUACCAGAGCGCGCAGGACUGCAUGUGCGACACGGAACACAUGUUGGAAUGCUCGGGCGACCCCGGGAACAGCAACAACUUGUCGAACAUGCAUAUCUCGAAUUCCGACUUUGAUCAAAUUGUCGAACAGUUUCAGGAAGAAAACCCAUUCUUCCAGGGAGAGAAAUUGCCGAUAGCAGCGAAGAAAGGCAUACACGUGAUUGACUAAAGACUGCGGAAGCGGAGACUCGAGGAAGGGGAACGCUUACACAUGUAUGCAUGCAUACGGAUGCAUGCACGUACAUACACAUAUACACACACAUAUAUCACCAGACGUAAUUCUUACAUGUUUCAUCAAUUAAAGUUUCAAAGGUAUACGUAUAUACACUCGUACGUACAUACGAGUGUACGUCGAUCGAGUAAAACGGGGCUUUUAUUCCGGUACACCGAAGAUCAGUAUCAAUUAGAUAACGCGUCCGGAUCGAUUAAAAUGAAUAUAAGGUACACGCAUUUACGCAGCGUUAAAGCGUCGAACAUUGAGAGGACGAUUGGUACGUUUGCCAAAUCUGACGAUGCACCGAACAAAGUUCUUAAAUGGACCAUUGGCUGUUAUCAGCGGCUGUAUUAAUGUCUAUACACUUUUCUCAUAGAGCCGUUAAUAGAGAUUUUGCCAGAAGCAUGUAAUUAUAUACAGAUGUGUACAGUUUAACCGUAAUCAUAAAAAUUGUAUGUCCACACGCAACAGUUACAGAUUACUUCGGUUUACGAUGCGAGUGCAACCACUUUUGGUAUGGUGUUCUUUUUGAUUUUUUUUUCUCGACUCGACGGGACACGCAGGACGCAGUUUCACAAGGUUCACCGGCGUUAGAACUCCUACGAGUUUACCCCGUUAAAUUCCAACAUAUCCAGAUGUAGGUUGAAAUUUUGCAGAAACACAAAGGAAAGCCUACUACUUGACGUCGCCACGUAUACAUUCCAAAUGAUUCCGAUGUAGCGGGACAUUGUAUAAAAAAAACUGUCCACCCAACAUACGUUAUCGAUUGUUUGUCCGUUAUAUUUUACUUUGAUAUAGUAUAUCGAUAUCGAUGCUUAUUUUCAUUGUGUAAAGUCUCUGAAAUAUAUAUUUUAACAAUAAAGAAUGGUACAUGGUGUCCUUA